GGCGGCGCGAAGGAGCGGCGUGCGGAGCUGGGUUGCUGACGGAGGCGGCAGGCGCGGCUCGGCACGGCUCCCCACGGCCCGGCGCCCCCCACCUCGCAGCCCCCCAUGGAGUUCAAGCUGGAGGCGCACCGCAUCGUCAGCAUCUCGCUGGGCAAGAUCUACAGCGCCCGGGGCCAGCGCGGCGGCCUCAAGCUCCACAAGAACCUCCUGGUGUCGCUGGUGCUGCGCAGCGCCCGCCAGGUCUACCUGAGCGAGCCGGGCUGCCCGCCCGAGCCGCCCCCCGCCGCCUGCGGACCCCCCGAGGAGGAGCCGCCGCCGCCCUGUACCACCGCAUGGGCGGCCGGCGAACCGCCGCCCCCGCAGGACGAGGCGAGUAGGAGCGGCCCGCGGCUGCCCGGUGCGGACUGCGAAGGCCCCCGGUCGCGGCGCUGUUGUUGCGGCUGCAGCUGCUGCUGCGCGGCGGGCGGCGAGGCGAACCGGGCGGACUGCGCCACCGCGGGGGCCGCGGCGCCUCCGGCGCCCCACUGCCCCCGGAAGCGGAGUGCCGGCGAGCGAGGCCAGGCGGGCUCCCCGGUGAAGAAGCCCCGCCGAGAGGUAGAGGAGCCGCCGCCGCCGCCCACCCCGCCGCCGGGCGAGCAGGAGGACAUGGAUACGGGCAACGUGGCCAGUCUCAUAAGCAUCUUCGGUUCCAGUUUCUCCGGACUGCUCAGCAAGGAGCCCAAGGGCCGGCGGCGGCAGCCCCUUGACGGCAGCGAGGCGACGACGACGCCCGCCGAGGCGGCGGCCGAGCCGGGACAGAUCUGCUGCGAUGAGCCGGUGUUGCGGACCCUCAACCCCUGGAGCACGGCCAUCGUGGCCUUCUGACGCGCCGGCCGCGGGCCGCAGAGACUCGCCCACCGCCGCGGGGAGGGGGGGCCCGGCAGACAGAUGGGCAGCCGGACAGAAAGGUGACCCCCCCCCCUCCCCCUUCGUCCUCCCGCACCCCCGGAGGGCGCCCGCCGCAGCGGACUGUGCGGGCAGCGCCGCGGGGCUCUGGCGCCGGCGAGUCCCGGUGCCCUGCCCCGCCGCACGGGAAGGACCGCGGGGCAGCAGCACUUCCCCCUCCCCCGACCGCCUCCGGCACCCCGGGUCCUGUCUGCCGGCACCCGCCCUGGGAGCGCCCCCGGCCCUGCCCUCCCGGAAUUCCCCUUCCUGGCCGGGCCGCCGCCCUCCCAGGCGCCCGGGGGAGGCUCCCCGGCUGCCGCCGACACCGGGGGCGCUCCCACCGGGUAAUAUUUUAAGUUUGGAAAGUAUUAAGUUUAUUAAAUAAAGUCUCUAUUUUGGAAAGGGUUAGGUCAGAACUGUUACAUGGUGCUUUUUAAAAGUGUUUAUUGAGAGAAACGAAGUUUACAGAUGCUCAGAGGGAAAGUCCUUGAGCCUGUUUGUUAGGCUUGGUAACUCCCGGUCUUUGUUGUAUAAAGGCUUGGGGCUCCCGUAGGGGUUGUUUUUUUGUACAGUGUUCUCGUUCAGUGAUGUAUCUUGUUUUGUAUAAAAUGUAAUUCUACGUGUACAACACGUAUUAAAUAUUUUCAACUGUAUAAGCCUA